AUGGCUUCCACUCCCACGGCCGCACCGCUGCCUGUCAACUCCUCUGCUUCCUCCCCGCCGCCGACCAAUUCUUCUGCCACCGGAACCCCUCCUCCCCCUCAGCCGUCGCCUUUGCCGCAGUCUCCGCCACCUUCGCCAUCGCCGCCGCCGCCUGCCUCCUCCCCGCCUCCUCCACUGUCACCCGUCUCUACCCAACCUCCACCUUCGCCCCCACCGCCGAAUUCCCCACCCUCCUUCUCCUCCCCUGCUUCGCCUCCGCCGCCUAAGUCCGGCGAUGCCUCUUCCUCGCAUCCCCCGCCGCCGUUUAAAUCAUUCUCGCCGCCAACGCCUCCGCCCAGAAACCCUUCGCACUCGCUGCCAUCGCAUAAGACUCCGUCUUCGUCCAACAACGCAGAUACGUCGUCGGAGAACAGCCAUUCCGGCAAAUCCGGCCAAUCCGACGUGAGUCUUCAGGUCAUCAUCGGCGUCACAACCGGCAUCGGAAUAUUACUAGUCAUGAUGAUUGUUGCAUCGGUGCUCUGCUGCAGCGAGAAAAAGAAGAAGAAGAAGAAGCCCAUGGACUACUACGGCUCCCUCGGUCCCAACGGCGCAGGAGGAUUUUACGGUGGCGGAUCCCUCUCCAAGUGGCCAAACGCAGAGCAAAGAACGGACUACCCCGGAAACCUGCCUCCGCCUCCCGGCGCCCCCGGCUUCUCCCCGUGGCAAAAUUCUCUCCCUCCUCCCCAAAUGUACAGCGGCGAGAGCUCGACAAACUCCGGGCCCCACGGCAGCGGCGGCGGGGCUGCAGCAAUGCAGGCCCUUUCCCCGUCCCUGGGCUUCAGCAAGAGUAGCUUCACCUACGAGGCUCUCUCGGCCGCCACCGACGGGUUUAAUCGCGAGAACAUCCUCGGCCAAGGCGGCUUCGGCUUCGUCUACAAAGGCGUGCUCCCCAACGGCGUGGUGAUCGCCGUGAAGCAGCUCAAGCCCGGCAGCGGGCAGGGGGAGAGGGAGUUCCAAGCGGAGGUGGAGAUCAUCAGCAGAGUCCACCAUCGCCACUUGGUCUCCCUCGUUGGCUACUGCAUUGCCGGCUCACAGAGGCUGCUCGUGUACGAGUUCGUAACCAACAACACUCUCGAGCACCAUCUGCACGUAAAGGACGGUCCGGCGAUGGAUUGGCCUACCAGACUCAAGAUCGCAAUCGGAUCAGCAAAAGGACUCGCUUACUUGCACGAGGAUUGCCACCCAAGAAUUAUACACCGCGACAUCAAAACUGCAAACAUUCUCUUGGAUAACAAUUUCGAAGCCAUGGUCGCGGAUUUUGGAUUGGCCAAGUUCAAUUCCGAUACGAACACACAUGUCUCCACGAGAAUCAUGGGAACCUUCGGGUACUUGGCUCCUGAAUAUGCAUCGACCGGCAAGCUAACUGAAAAAUCAGAUGUUUUCUCAUUCGGCGUGAUGCUUUUGGAGCUGAUAACAGGAAGGAGGCCUGUCGAUCCGACGGGGUACAUGGAGGAUAGCUUGGUCGAUUGGUCCAAGCCUGUUCUAACUCAGGCACUGGCUGACAAAAACUUCGAUGAACUCGUGGAUCAGCGCCUCGAGAACAAGUACAACGUCGAAGAAAUGACGCGAAUGAUAGCGAGCGCUGGAGCUUGCGUUCGACAUUCUGCGAGGAAGCGUCCUAAGAUGAGCCAAAUCGUUCGAGCUUUGGAAGGUGAUGUUUCGCUUGACGAUCUGAAUGAGGGGGCGAAGCCAGGGUUACACAGCUCGAGCUCGGACUUGGACGCGACCGACGCAUACUCAUCCAAAAUGAGGGAAUUCAGGCGGGUUGCACUGGAGAGCAAUGAGUACAGCAACGAAUACAGCGGCGGCACCAGCGAGUACGGGCUCAAUCCCUCCGAAUCGAGCAAUAGCUCGGGAGAAGUAAAUUCGAGUCGAAGGAAGGCAAAUCGUCCUAAUCUUUGAACAAGAAACCAGCACACAAAGAGAUUCAAUUAUUUAU